CAUUUAAACCAGGAAGAGAAUAAGGACAGUAGUUUGCUGUGAGUGAUUUCUGGUGCCAGUAAUGAUAGUUUCGGUGAGACUAUCAUGUAUCUAUAUAUAAAGUUAAUGUUUCACUUCAUUUCCACUCAUUUUAGUGAUUAUUUCCGCUCAAGGAGGAAACGCUCAAGGAGGAAAGUUUAAUAAAUGAGAGAAUAAGAAUAGCUGCACAUGUGAUUUUAACAGAACCUCCAACGAAGUUAACAGGGCAUCAACACUUUUCGUGGCUAAGAAAAAGUUUACCAAAUUAGCCAUUCUCUUGCCGAGUGUGAGAAAAGGAAACUUUCGAAAUGAAAUCCUUUAGUUUGAGGUUUCUGUUCAGCUUUCUCUACGCCAUUUGUUUUAUAUGCUUUGCCUUGGGCUGUACGCAGGACUUUCUUGACAACUUGAAAUCUGGAGUUCGUGUAAAACGAGGUCCACAUUGGAAAUGGGGUAACCAGGAUGGCGGCAAAGGCAACUUAGGAACUGUAAUAGAGCAGAAAAACUCAAAUGGAUGGGUCCCAGUGAAAUGGGAUGCUGGACACACGAACCUCUAUCGAGUUGGUUACGACAAUAGUUGUGAUUUGAUUAUUGUUGGUCACAAUUAUACUCAAUGUGUUGUCCAACCACAAAACGAUACACUCGACACUUCACUUAUUUUCCCGAGCGACAAAAUACCCUUAAUUUCAAGUGUAUUCCACUACUGUCAAAAAAAACUCGUAAGUUCAAGGAGCGACAGAAUUAUUUCCUUCACACUCUUGUGGUAUAGUGAAGUUUCAUGCAAUAUAACAGUUUAUGAGGGAUCUAACAACAAAGGUGAAAAUUAUGGAAAUGCUUGUCAGAAUAAAAUUGGUACCUACCACUCCAGAAAUGAUAGCCUUUUUAUUGAGUUCUCUUUAGAAAAGGAAACUGAUGAAGUAGGAUUUAUGGCCAGCAUCCAAAGUGAAGAACCAGAAUGUAAUGAAUCGUACAACAAGUUUAUAAGUGGAGGAGAAAGUGGAUAUAUACAACCGCCAUAUAGCAACAUUACAUUGAUAACUCCACUAAAAUGCCAAUGGACCCUAACAACUAACAGCAGUCAUGUUUUUCAAAUUAAUUUGGUUAAGUUUGAAGAGUUGAGUUAUCUUGACAUCUAUGAUGGAAACACUCUUAUUGAGCAUCUGGAUCAUGAAAUCCAACAAUAUACAACAAAGUCUUCCAUGCUAGAUUUAUUCUACAACAAGCCAAAUACAUUCAGUUCUGGUUUCGUUAUCGCUUACAAAACUGUUCCUAAAGCAAAAGCAAGCUGUCUAGAAAAUAAAGUGUACAAACAUCCUGGAAUUAAGGAUCAGUUUAUGAUAUCAACAACAGUUAGUGGAACUGAUCAUAAAUUGUCAGAUUAUUGCUAUUUCACUCUUCAGGCAGAUGAAUCUACCUACAUUGAAUUAGAUUUACAGCAACUUGAUAUUAACAGCUCAUGUCUACCAACUUAUCUUGACAUGACAAUAAAUAAUCAAUCUUUCCCAUCUAAAAUUGGUUAUCUUAAUCACCAAGCCUCAAUCCGAGCAAAAAGCUUUAACAUUCAAUACCUCAAGAUAACUCGCUGUAAAUUUCUUAUAACUUUUUCUAUUAAAACUGCUGCAAUUCCUCCCUGCUUCCUCAACCCUGUUGUUGAUGUCAUCAGUGGACCAAAAAGAUUCCUGAAUGUUCCACAGACUGCACCAGUUGACCUUGAAGUGAAAACAUGUAAAUGGACAUUCAAAAUUAAACCAAUGCAUAUUUUACAGAUUGAGAUUAUAACAACAAUCACAAGUGCAAAGACAACUUAUUCCUCUUUCUCAUACUACAAUGGAAAAUCAUGGCAACUAUUAACGAAUAGUAAAAUGAACACAUCUCAGAUCACAUUUCCAUUAGAGUAUAUCAUAAACCCAAAAUACAAAACUUCAAAAGAUUUUGGAAAUAUGAUAAUUAGCUAUAAUUCUGUAGUCCAAGAAGAAACACCUUCAACUACACAAACAGAGCAGUUAUCAACAGUAACUUCCAUGAAUACAUGGACAAAGGAAAUACCUACUACGAAGCCAUAUUCAAACAAAAGUAUGAUGUUACAUUGUAAAGAAAAAAUAGUUACUGAAACUACAAUACCAUACUGGAUUUACAUUACCGUGGCAUUUCUGAUUCUGAUCUGCAUUGUGUUAGGAUGUUUGUGUUGGAUUCUCUACAGAAGAAGGAUUUACGUUAAUACUGAAAGUUUUAUAUAUAACAAACACCUCCUCAAAAAUGAAAACCUUGAAAUUUGAUUAAAAACUGGGGAUAUUUUCUUACAAGAGAAUUUUUUUAUAUUUUCAUGUGUACAAUUUUCUCCUAUAUAAAUAUUAAAAAAUUUUACACAUAUUGACCCACACUAAUACACACACACCACACACACACUGUAUGCAAUCACUCAACAAAAUUUCUCUGAAAUCACAUCAUACCAUUAAAUAAUGUAGUCCUACAUACCCCUAAAAAGGGAUGGUCAUGAGUAGAAUGUCUUUGCUCAUGGGCCUGCUCAAUCAGGUUUGCCUCGGGCUAAACAAUAAUAAUAAUAUUAAAAUUAAUUCCUGACCAUGGUCCUAUAUUUAAAGGUCUCAUGUAUAUUAAUUAUCCAGCAGUUUGUUAUUGAUAUAUGAAACGUUGACACAAUUUUUUUAUGUUUUAAUAAACUCUCAACAGACAAUACAACAUUUAUUUUCAACUUUAUUUCAAAUGGAUCAAAUCCCAUUUUGAUAUUUUUAUAAUUAAUUGUUGUAAUUAAACAAUUUAAUUAUGAAAAAAACAAAGAGAUCUGAGUUAUAAAUAUGAUCUAUAAGUUAAUUUAACUACUUUGAACAAGUCUUAUCUUCAUGUAUUGUAUGUAGGGCUAGAGAGCCUAUCUGUGGUUAUCCUGUUCCGUAAUGAACUUAACGAGAUGAAAAGAAACAUAAGUGAAUGCUAACUCCUAGUUGUCCAGUUGGUAAAACCAGUUAAUACUCUGCUCUAAAAUGAGAUAUUAAUAAAGUGUUAAAAUUAAUUACAUGUUAAACACCAUAAA